AUGGCUCAGCUGCAUGUGUCUGUUGGUAUAUUGGGCAUUUCGGGCGGUUGUCUCUUACUUUUGGUAAAUGACUAUGGCAGCUCCCCUCAAAAUGAUUUCAUCCCUCAAACCGCACUGGGGUUUCUGCUCCUCAUCUUUUCUGCCACCGUAGCUUAUGCAGGUGUGUGUCGGAUCCUCUCCGGGGGGCAGUUGUUCUCCUCCCUGUGUCUGACAGUUUCGGCCCUAUGGUGUGCCACCAGUCUAGUGUACAUCCUGACGGGACAAGGAAUGCUUGAGCCCAAAGACCUUAGGUCUUCAUUAGUCCCUGGCGUGGCCGCGUUUGCAUUGGCCCUGUUUGUCAUCGCUGGUGUUGCGUUACUGGCCAGAAAAGUGUUUUUGUUUGUCAUUGCUAUUAGCAUCAGCUUAGCUUCUGUCCAUCAAAUCGCCAAGCUAUCGGUGGAAGGUUUUGGCCAGACCGCCAUGGCUGCAAACUAUCUUCUUGUCUGUCUGAUGGGCGGUUACUUUGGUUUAGGACAUUUGUUAGCCGCUAUUACUCACGGAAGAGUGAAACUUCCAUGGACUAGUGUCAAGACAAAAGCCGAGCUCAAAACGGAGAACUGGCGCGAGUGUGGUGACGCCGUGUCAGUGGGCGUGGUGAUGAAUUUGCUGUCGGCCUCAGUGUUGGCGUGUCCUCUCUUAGGCGUGGUCCCUCGACUCUCUGCUGGCCAUGUCCCUUGGUUGUGGACGGCAGGCGUGUUCCAGGUCGGAAUGUGCGUCAUCUUCUACCGAGCGUUGGAUCCACUUGCUGCUACUUUUUACGGCUUCUCUGCAGUGCUGAAGUUUGCAGAAGGCUACAGUGGUCUCCUGUCAAUCUACUCCAUCGAGCCCCUCUCUCCUGUUCCCUUUCCAGUCGUCUUCUCUCUGCUUUUCUUCACCCUGACAAUGUUCAGCUGUCAAAAGAGCUUGUUGGAGGCCAUCUAUCAUCUUUUAUUUGUUGCCUAUUGUAUAGCAAUUGCUUCUCACCCUCUAGGCUUUUUCCAGAAAGGAAGUCAAGUUGUACAGGCGGUUAUAUUUAUUGGCUCUGCCUGCAUGCUUUUAAUAACAACAUACAACAUGGUCUCCCCCACGACAAUUCCUACAGGGGAGAACCUCUUUAAAGCCUUAGUAACCAGUAGGGAGGGCUUCACUCUCCGAUUUCAUAACAAUGAACUCCAUGCACCACACUUGGGGUACUCCAAGUAUGCAGAUGCUGAGGGUUUAGGCCACGCAUGUAGCGUGUUGGCUACGUUUGCUAUUACAGCCGCAGUUGGAGAGGGACUGGUGUUUUCCGUGCUGGUGCUCCCUUGGGUUGUGGUAGCCGGUGGGGUCCUGCAGCUGAUCUGCGGCUCAAUCACUUUCUCCCGAGGAAAAACCUUCGAGAGCACCGUUUUUAUCCUCUACGGCACAUUGUGGGCUGUGUGGGGCUUGACACGAUACGGAGGGCUGUAUGCCAACGCAAGAGGGUUUAACGUGGCGAUUGGCAUUAUUGCAUUCUUGAUGUUUAACGUUUUGGUGAUGGUCGCAGCCUUGUUUGUAAACGUCGCAUGGUUUGUCUAUGCGCUCACCUUCCAGCUCAUUAUUAUGAGCUUUUUAAUGGACGCGCUUGAUGUGCUGCCUUAUGGUUAUGACAUAGGAGUCAGUCUGAUCUUUGGUCUGGUCAGCUUUUAUAGUUUUGUGGCUCACAGUUUCAAUAGUACCUUUCAGUACCCUCAGAUCCCACUUGGGAAACCUUUGAUAAAGUUGAACGGGGUUGUGCGAAGUGAACCUAUCUGUCCACAUCUGCCAGCUCGAAAAGCGACAUCAGUUCAACAAAUUGCAGACAUCAUGAAGAACGGUGGAAUAUGCGGCAUGCCCACUGACACCGUGUAUGUGCUGGUGGCAGCUUGCAACAGGCCUGAUGCAGUUGUCAAAGCAUACAAGGUGAAGAAACAGGCACAGGACCGACCCAUGUCCAUUUGGCUGUCCUCCAUCAAGCAGCUUGACUCGGUCCGACACCUGCUAAGCCCCCUGCUGCUGGAUUUCAUGGAGGCCGCAUGGCCGUCAUCCAUCAGCAUGGUUAUACCUAGAGGCCCAUGGAUGGAUGCUUUUGGUUUAGGAGAUGCUGCCAAACACAUCGGAACUCCCCAAAGUAUCGCUAUCAGGAAUCCAGACUGUUCUGUGGCCACCCACCUCAUUGAUCUAGUGGGUCCUGUUGCUGUGACCUCAGCCAACCCCACAGGAGAAGCAGACACGACCCACCACAAUCAAGUGUAUGCCAAACUGGGAGACAAGGUAGACGGAGUUUUAUGUGAUGGACCAUCACCAGAGAAUAUUGCGUCCACUGUGGUGGACUGCACGAAAAUUGAAAAGGGACAAAUUGGUUUCUUCAGGGAGGGUCUGAUAUCUAAAGAUAAGGUUCUUCAAAUUUAUGCGAAGGUUCAGAGGCAGCACAGGCAGGGACAGACCAAUCCAGUUUUUGAAACCGAUCAACCGGAAACAGAGAUGGAGCUUCCUUCACCAGAGGAAAGCGGCAGACUUUAA